CCUUCCGGUGCACGCCAGCACUGACGGAGGCGGCUGGAGGAGUGUAGGGGCGUCAUGGCUGUGCUGUUGGAAACCACGCUGGGCGAUCUGGUGGUCGACUUGUACACAGAGGAGAGGCCGAGAGCGUGUCUGAAUUUUCUAAAGCUCUGCAAAAUCAAGUACUAUAAUUACUGCCUUAUACAUAAUAUACAGAGAGAUUUUAUCAUACAAACUGGAGACCCCCAGGGGACUGGCCGUGGAGGUGAAUCCAUUUUUUGCAAAUUGUAUGGUGAUCAGGCUAGAUUUUUUGAAGCAGAAAAAGUACCAAGAAUUAAACACAAGAAAAAGGGGACAGUGUCACUGGUGAACAAUGGCAGUGAUCAACAUGGUUCUCAGUUUCUAAUUACUACAGGAGAGAACUUGGAUUACCUGGAUGGUGUGCAUACGGUGUUUGGUGAAGUUACAGAAGGCAUGGAUGUAUUGGGGAAAAUCAAUGAAGCUUUUGUUGACAAAGAUUUUGUUCCAUAUCAGGAUAUCAGGAUAAACCAUACGGUAAUCUUAGAUGAUCCAUUUGAUGACCCCCCUGGUUUAGUGAUACCAGAUCAUUCACCAGAGCCUACGAAGGAACAAUUGGAUAGUGGAAGAAUAGGAGCUGAUGAGGAAAUUGAUGACUUCAAAGGAAGGUCCGCUGAUGAAGUGGAAGAAAUUUUGGCAGAAAAAGAGGCAAAAACUAAGGCUAUUCUUCUGGAAAUGGUUGGAGACUUGCCCGAUGCAGAUAUCAAGCCGCCUGAAAAUGUUCUUUUUGUCUGCAAGCUUAAUCCUGUGACAACUGAUGAAGACCUUGAAAUUAUAUUUUCCCGCUUUGGGUCAAUAAAAAGCUGUGAAGUGAUUCGAGAUUGGAAGACUGGUGAAUCUCUCUGCUAUGCUUUUAUUGAGUUUGAAAAGGAGGAAGACUGUGAGAAAGCUUACUUUAAGAUGGAUAAUGUGUUAAUAGAUGACAGGCGGAUACAUGUGGAUUUUAGCCAGUCUGUUGCAAAGGUUAAAUGGAAAGGAAAAGGUGGGAAGUACACCAAAGAUGAUUUCAGAGAAUAUGAAAAGGAUCAUGAGGGAACUUCUAAGUUAAGUCUGAAGGAGAAGGCAAAGCCAAAACAAGACUCAAAAUAUGAUCUUGUGUUGGAGGACAAACUAGAAAAGACCAAAAUAAGUCACAGGCACUCUAGCAAAAAGAAGAAGAAACGCCACCAUUCAGAUGACACUGAUGAAGAUGAGAAGAGGACCAAAAAAUCUAAGGACCCAGACCGAAGGCACAAAGAAGGCAGCCAAGAGAAAAGAAAAAGCAACAAGCAUGACAGACACCAGAGCCGCAGUCGUAGUCGGUCUCAGGACAGAGACAGCCGCUACAGAAAGUCUAAAGACAAGCAGCACGAGGGGCUUGGGGAAAGGGAACAUGAAGAGAAGAGGAAAGCCAGAAGCCCUAAGAAGGCCAAGGAUAAGGAAAAGUCCAAAUACAGGUGAACAAGGACUCUGCCAGCGAGAAGCCCUGCAGCAGGCUUCAAGGCUCCAUGUCAGACUGCUUGUCCUGGAAAUCCAUAAGAGGACAUCUUACAGCAGCGUUGUCCCUCUUCAUAUUCUCCAGAUGUGUUGGGCUAUAAAUCCCUUCAUCCCCAGUCAGCAUAUUGGCGUGGGGGUGAUGGGGAUUGUAGUUUAGCAUCUCUGAAGGGUACCAGCUUGGGGAAAGCUGUCUUGUAUUGUGGAAUCUAUCAGAAUUCUGUCUAUUCAAAGUUAAAACUUUUGGUUUUUGAUGUGAAAAUUUAUUGAGGCCAAGUGGAAGGUUUCAGGCCACAGCAAAACACUGUUUACAGAUCUGCAGCAUUUUCAUGAUGAACACCACCCACCACAACCACAGAAAAGAGCUUUACGUAAUGCCAUCCCUUAACUGUAGAAAGUACAGUGUAGGCAUUAUUCUGGAACUAGUAAGGGCUAUUUCUCACAUGCUGAAUUUAAUUUUUUCAUAUAAAUUGAAGAUUGGAGGUUGCAUAUAGCCCAAUUACAUUCAUGAUUACCUAUCAUAAAAGAUCUUUUUAUUUUCUCAUGGGAACUUGCUACCAGUUGGGGCUUCCUGUUGCAUGUGUUGAAAUGUUACAGGUAUUCAUCACAUAUAGCAUUGUAAUGUGGACAGAUUUGAUUUCCUGUACAAAACUGAUAGCUAAGAUUUUAUUCUGUAUGAUAUAGCUGUAAAUCCUGUUGCUUUUGAGAGGCUUUCUAGUACAGGCAGUUAUUUUAUAAUAAAAAAUUCACACUUCA